UAGCCCCAAAAUCAUAACACACAAAAAUAAGCUUGGAAAUAGCACUUAUAAAAUACGAAAAAUGAAAGUCACUAACUGUUCUCGACUUCUAUUAAUUUUGGCUGCCCUUGUGGGAGCUCUUGUUCAUCCCUCGAAAGCUCAAGACAGUCCACAAGACUAUGUCAACGCUCACAACCAAGCACGACAGGCAGUAGGCGUAGGUCCCGUGCAGUGGGACGGUACGCUUGCAGCCUACGCUCAAAACUACGCCGACCGACUAAGAGGCGACUGCAGACUCAUACACUCCGACGGGCCUUACGGAGAGAACUUGGCCGGGAGUAGCGCCGACUUUUCUGGCGUCAGCGCCGUGAACCUUUGGGUUAACGAGAAGGCUAACUAUAACCACGAUUCGAACACGUGCAAUGGAGAAUGCCUUCACUAUACUCAGGUUGUUUGGAGAAAGUCUGUGAGAAUUGGAUGUGGCAAAGCGAGGUGUAACAAUGGUGGAACCAUCAUUUCUUGCAACUAUGAUCCUCGGGGCAAUUAUGUGAACGAGAAGCCUUACUAAUGAGUUAUUAUGCAUCGACAUAUAAAACACGUGCAAUUAUGUGGACGUGUUUACAUAUUCAAUAAAGAACAUCAUAUACAGGAUGUGUAUCAAUAUUAAAGAAAAAUAAAAAUCAAUGGUUACUAAUUA